AAGGUACAUCAACUGUGAAAUCCCUUUAUAGUGAAACUCCAACUUGUGGGUUGAAACACAAGGAGAAAGAAAAUGGCUUGCCUGGGGGCAUUAGCCCAGAAGUCAAUGAGUCUCCUAGGACUGAUCUUCUUGACAUUGCCAUACAUGCUCUUCUACUGCUUUGUCAAAAUGUUCCUGAUGGUCAAACCUGGGCCAAGAAUGAAAUUGUUCAGUAGGAGUGAUGCUGUGUGGUUGUGUACUGGGUCAGCUGACCCAGUCCACUGGGUCAGGGUUGUCUUUAUGCUCAAUGGACCAGUGGAUUUGAGAGAAGUCCAGCUCAGGGUGCACAAUAACCUGGUUACCAAACAUUUGAAGCUGAGGAGCAGGGUUGCAAAAUUUGCUGGGUUUGAUGUUUGGCAGAGAGUGGAGAGAUUUGAUAUUGCUAACCAUGUCAAGUGGUUGACCCGAGAAGGAGAGCAGGCGGUAGUGACGUUCAAAACCCAGCGGGAGUUGAUAGACGUCAUCAACUGGUCCGGCCGGAUGCCGCAUGACCCAAACCUGCCGCUGUGGCGCAUGCAAGUCAUCCCCAUGAGUAGCAGCGACACCAAGCGGACAGCAGUCGUGUUUGCCUUCUCGCACUCCAUCAUGGACGGCAAUAGUUUGUGGCUGAGCGUUUAUCCCGCGCUCAGUGAUGGGCCUAUUGAUGCCCCUGACGUGGGCAAGAGUCUCGGCUGGCGCCGCAGGAUGGCGCUGUGUGCUGGCGCAUUGGCCAGUGUCAAGAAAUCUGUGAAGCAGCAGUUUUCUAUGCCAGACAUGAAUCCAGUGAAAGAAACAGGACGUGAAACUGGCAUGAGAGAAGUCAUGUGGCCCGAAAUGUUUGACUUUAAAGAAUUCAGAGGAGUCACCAAAAAGUUUGAUUGCUCAAUCAAUGAUGUGUUCACCAGCUGCUUCACUGGUGCCAUAUUGAGGCAAGUUCUUCAGUUUUCUGAUGCACUGAACAUCAAGUUCAAACUGGUUUUUUGUAUUGAUUGCAGAUAUUGUGAAGAUAUUGCGAGUUACAAAGGAAUAAAACCAGACUGGGAGAAGUGGAAAUUGUCUACCACUGUCCCUGUGAGUUUCUGGGCCAAGGAUGAGAAGCCUGUGCUGAAGAACAAUGUGGCCAUCAGCAGGGUCAUUUUACCAACUGACAAAGUGUCACCAGAAGAAAGACUUAUGAUUUCUAAGCAUGCUUGUGACAAGUACUUGAAGUCAUCUGCACAUCCUUGGACUCUGUACAUGUUGUCAAAUUCUACUCCAAUACCAAAGUGGCUCACUGUGAAAGGGGUUGGAAUACUGGAGCCAGUGGUUACCCUCUGUUGCACUAAUGUGAAGGGGCCUUCCAAGAAACUGUCCUUUUUCGGUUGUGAGGUGGAGGACAUCUUGUUCUUUUCCACUUUGUGUCCUGACAGAUCACCAGAUAUCCUGAUUUGUAUGAUGAGCUACAACGGGAGGAUUGGAGUUCAAGCAACUGUCCGGCGGCCAGUGCUACCAGACAACGUUGACGUUGGGCUGGUUCAGGCCUACUUCAGAGAAGAACUCGCAGCGUUGAACGCGGCAGCGUCUGCAAUCCCUUCAAUUCCCGAAGUGUCGUCUUCAUCUGUGACGAUCGCUGUCGAGUUGGACAGUGGCAAGGUGUCAUCUGCGUCAUCCGACUCUGACGAACUAGAGCUGGACGUUGACGACGUGGCGAUCGAGCUUGAAUUCCGGCAGCGGGAACCCAGAAGGAACAGUGACUGCGACAGCGGGACUGUGUUGGAGGAGAAUAGUAACCCUUCCUCUGUGACGAUGAGUGAGCAACCCGGGAAAGAGGAACCCGGAUUCGCGGCGAGAAUCGAGCGCGAAUGUCGCGGGAUUGUGAUGUCCAGCAAGCUGUGAUUUUUUUUUUCUCUACCCCAGUCUUUUUGUGUGUGUGUGUCCCUUGCCUUUUUUUUGUUGUUGUGUGUGGGUUUAGAGAGUGAGUGAGUGAAGUGAAGUGAGUGAAUGGUUUGUUUCUUUCCCCUCGGAUCCGACGACUGACCUGCCUCGCGGUUUCAUAUUGCGCAACUCCUCCUCCUUCUUCUUAUGGUCUUCCACCGUAGUUUUCAGUUUACCUUUGACCUGUUCUUCCUGUUAUUCUCAUUCCCUCGUCAUCUCAUCGUCGUGGCGGUGAAUUAUCACACCCACUAGAUGCACCGGAUCCUGUAACUCGUGGAUUUUCGGUUGGGCUCUUAUAGUUGAAUUGAAACGGGAGGGGUUUCUAUGGAAGGUCCUAGCAAGACAUCGACUGUAUUUUUAACUUCAGCUCAUCGUGUAUUUUCAGCAAUAUGCGCUGUACCGUUGAAAUUUUCGACUAAUGACUGUAAGCUCUCUUCUUGUUCUUCCGUAUAACUUCAUCGUUUUGACCUAUUAUUUCAUGCGGAAGAUUCAUCAGAUCCUGUGUAACUUGCAGAUUUCUGUGGUUUGAAUGGGAUGAGAUCGAUUUCCGGAUAGUUCUGAUGGAGGCAGGCGCAUUCGGGGUUUUCAUCAUGAGCCGAUGUAUUUUGAGUAAUGCGGUAUAUCGUCGAUUUUUUUGAGAUGUCGUUUCGAUAAAGUUUUUGAUUACCUUUUUCAAUUUCUUCGGAUUAUAUUAUCUGUGAUGGAAUAUCAUUUCACUCGCAAGAUUCUUCGACAUCUGUGACUCCCGCAUUUUUGGUUGUUUCUUGGUGACCCCGUAUUCCGGACGUAAAUCAUUGUCUUGUCCGGAUGUCGAAAAUAAUAUUUUCGAUGAACUUGAAGGAGAAAUAAGUCGUAAAUCUUUCAUCAGCUGUGUCUGGAACUAAAAGGAAAAAUUCCCGGAAAUUAAAUUUCCCGGGUGGUUGGUCAAGUUUUUAUCGUUCUUCCUCAUCUCACCAUGGUGGCAAAUUAUUUCUCCUGCGAGAUUCACAGGAUCUUGUGACCUACAGAAUUUCUGUCGAAUUUUGUCGUCGAUAUGAGCGAGAGUUUUUUUUUUAAUUUCGUAAUUUUUCUGGUUUUAAAAGCAUUUUAGAAAAAACUCAUCUCUGUUUUAAAUAAAUUUAGAGUAACGUAUUGCAAUGUAAUUGAAAGGUACAAUAUUUCCACCUUUGCUGAUCAUUCGUGGAAAUAUGUUCUGUCCACGGGACAUUACUGCUUGGUCCUCCAUAAAUUUCAACGCUUUUCAUAAUUUAUAGAACUGCGCAAUAUUGAGUUCUAAGAGUGAAAGCCGCUGAUCGCACAAACCUAUGAAAUCGAAAACUGACCUCAUGUAUGAUACCCAUCACUCAAGGCCAAAAGAAAGUUGUUCUUGACCCAGGUCAAAUAUAUUCUCCCCGGAAAACCUCAUCCCCGAAUAUAUUUCCACGCGUGCCAAAGUUCUUCCUUCAACGGAUAUGAUGCGGAAAAAAGUUUGGUUUUCUGUGUUGCGUGUUAUCGAAUCCCAUUUUUUUUUCUUCACGUGUCAAUUCCUCCCACUUUUUGUUGUGCUGAAUUCGAGUUUCGUUUGAGAAGUGAGUGUGUUAUUGAGAGAGGUACCUUAGGAACAAGCUUAUCGUGAAAUGGUUUCUUUUGUUCCCUCCGGCAAAGUAGAAAAAAAUAUGUUGACCCAGUUUCCGUGCGCCGACCUCGGCUCGCAAACAGUGUGAAGUUACCAAGGUAAGUCGCUAGCAUUAUUGCGGCAGGGUUUUCCCCCCCACAACAUCACAAUUGCCUCAUCUUAUUCCCCGUUGUUAUUGUUUUUUUUUUACCACUGUAUUUUAUUUGGAUGAAACUUGUGUAAGUUAUUGCGGGUGGACUUAUUCUCUCUACAAUGAUUAUCGUGAGAUUUGAUGAGGAGAAAAAAUAUCCUUUGUUGUAGAAGGAAUUUUGUUGAAGACGCGCGAUCGAAUUACGGGGAAAUGUUUUUUUUUCUGGACUAGAAGACAAAUUUAGGAAAGGAAUUUGGUUUCGGUAAGAAAUUUCCGUUACUUGAGGAAAAUUUAUGCCAUUUAAAAAAAUUUAAUUACUGUAUGUAUGAAUUAGUGAAAAAUUUUUGAGAGCGGAUAGACAGAAAUCUUCUUAUACAAGUAUAUAGCGAUAAUAUGAAAGGUUUUCUGUAAUUUUAAUUCGACGAAUUUUUACGAAGUUUUCAUCAGAAUUCUUUUAAAUUAUAAAAUUAUUUCUGAAAAUUAGAAGCCGUUUUUGACGGAUGAUAUUGCGUAAAGAAAAUGAAGUUACUCAUUUCAGACCUAUUUUCUCUCAGUGAUCCCAAAAAUUGUUUGUGAUUAAAGAAUUUUGUUUCAGAGGAACUUAUAAGAUUUUUAAGUUUCGGAACAAAUUCGUCUUACGUAGAAUGUUGUUGUAGUGAGAAACUCGGAGAGAAAAUAGUUCGUAAUUGAGGGAAUGUUGUUGUAGAGGAGCGUCUUCAAGUAACAAGAGGGUGAAGUACUGUAUUGUAUUGUGUUUUGAUAUGAUUUUUAAGUUGUAGAAUUAUUGCUGCUGGGAACAGGAACAAGAAUUUGUUCUUUUUAAAAUUCCCACUUUAUCAAGAAAUAUUGAUAAAUUCUGAUGAACGCGCACAAAUCUUGGCAAAGCGAAUUUAUUCAACUUUAUUUGAGAGAUAAAGAGAGAUGAAGUUAUAAAUUAAUUUAUUACAAGUGAAACCUCACUACAAUGAUGCUGAGGAUACGAAAAAAAAAGAACACACCAAUGAUAAGUUAUAAAAGCGAAUUUUUUCGUGAGGACCACACACACAAGUUCAUUGUAUGACGAAUAUCGUUGUAGAGAGCGAGUCCACCUGUGUAUUUUUUUUCAUUGUGGAAAAUCAUGAGCAUUGUAUUUAUUUUGUGGGUGGUUUUAACUCAGCGUGGUUUAUUUUUUUUUUGAAUAAUUUUGUCUGGCCAGGGAAUAAACUGAUGGCGUUUUAUUUUUUGGUUUGAGA